AAUUUCCACCUUGCAAUAGUGGCCAGUUUCGAUGUACCAACGCAAUCUGCAUUCCUACGAGGUGGAGGUGUGAUGGCCACGCUGAUUGCACAGAUCACUCAGAUGAGGUUAAUUGCACUUUGAUCUCAUGUCCUGACACAAAGUUCCUCUGCCCUCAAGAGAAAAAAUGUAUCGAUAAAAAAAAGCUCUGUGAUGGCACUCCAGACUGUGAAGAUGGAGCUGAUGAAAAAGAUGCUUGUUCAUCCCAGUUGUGUAUGUCUCUGAGGUGCGAGCAUGGUUGUCGAGCUUCAUUAGAAGGCGGAGAGUGUUAUUGUGGACCAGGAAUGCAAGUAGAUCCAAUGAACACUUUGAAAUGUAUAGAUAUGAAUGAAUGCAGCGAGUGGGGCUAUUGUGAACAAGUCUGUAUCAAUACAAUGGGAAGUUACAUUUGUUCUUGUGUUUCUGAUUACAGUCUUGUUGCUCCUAAACAUUGUAGAGCUCAUAACAGUUCUGCAAUGAGGCUUAUUUUUGCUCACCAUAGUGCCAUCUAUAAAGUAAAUGCUGAAGGAUCUUUGUUAGAACUAGUCACAAACACAACUGCCGCUAGUGGAUUAGAUUUUCAUUACCACAAAAACUUGCUCUUCUGGUCUGAUACUGUAACACGCAAAAUUUACUCUAUAAAAGUAGAUCCCUGGAGGGAAUCGGAAUACAUUUCUGACUUCAAUGUCUCUUUUCCCUGGAGCCCAACAGCAUUUGCAAUUGAUUGGAUUGGAAACAAAAUCUAUAUUUGUGAUGCAAUAGGCCAAAAAAUUGAUGUAAUGGAGUUAGAUGGUAGUCAGCAUACAAUUCUAAUCAGUCGUAAUUUAUCUUCACCAUUAGACAUAGCAUUAGAUCCACAUCUGGGGUUAAUGUUCUUCAGUGAUGCUGAUAAUAUUGAUCGUGCCAACAUGGACGGCACAAUUAGAGUGACAAUUGUAAAUACUUUCAUAUACAAAGCAUCAGGUUUAACACUUGACUACGUCACUAAAAGAGUGUUUUGGUGUGAUUCCCAGCUUGAUCAAAUAGUUGCAUGUAAUUAUGAUGGAAGUGGCAGGCAUUCAAUCAUUCGCGGAAGUACUCGUGUGCCAUCUCCCAGCAAACUGACUAUGUUUGAAAAUAAUAUUUAUUGGACUGAUGGAACACGGCAAGGAGUGUUGAAAACUGAUUUGUAUAACAAUUCUCAGACUGUACUCACAAUAUAUCGGGAUCGCUCCUUGUUAAAAGAACCAAAAGCCAUUAAAUCAUACCAUUAUUUACGUCAGCCAGUCGUUCCAAAUCCCUGUUAUUUCAGCAAUGGUGGAUGUCAGCACAUGUGCUUACUUACAAGAUCAGCAGACAGUUUUGGCCUUGGUUACCGAUGUGUAUGUAAUAUAGGCUAUGAAAUAGCUCACAAUGAAAAGACUUGCAAAAAGGUUGAAGAGUUUCUACUGUAUGCUCAACAAAAGUUUAUCCGAGGAGUAUUACUAAAUCCUGUAGUGAAUGGUUUCUCUGAUGCAAUGAUACCUAUUGUGUCCAAAAGUGCUAGAUUUGUAGGGCUGGACUUCGAUGCACAACAGGGAUAUAUAUACUAUUCUGAUGUCGUUUUAGAUGUUAUUUAUCGUAUAAAAGUUGAUGGAACUGGUCAGACAAAUGUGUUAGCAUCUCAGAAUGAAGGAGUUGAAGGUUUGGCAUUGGACUGGGUGUCUAACAAUUUGUACUAUAUUGACAGCCGUAAAGGAACUUUAAAUGUUAUAAGUACUGUUAAUUUUCAGUAUCGUAGGACACUGUUGAGAAAUCUGAAACGACCUAGAGCUAUUGUUGUACAUCCUAAUAAAGGGUAUGUGUUUUACUCUGAAUGGGAUCGUCCAGCAAAUAUAUCUAGAGCAUAUCUAGAUGGAUCAAAUUUAAUGGUAUUUAGAGGAGUUCUCCUUGGGUGGCCUAAUGGUUUGGCAAUUGAUUUCCAGAAAGAUCGUUUAUAUUGGUGUGAUGCUCUUUUAGAUCAUAUCCAGCAUGCAAACUUGGAUGGAACUGACGUUAAAACCAUUAGUUCACCUCGUAUCAAACAUCCAUUUUCACUAGUAAUUCAUCAUGAUUACUUAUAUGUUACUGACUGGAGAUUAGAUGCCAUCUUGAGAAUGGAUAAAGAGAGUGGAGCUGGAGAACAAAUUGUUGCUAGUGUAGAAGAAGGCAGUAGAUUAUAUGGAAUUAAAGUGUUCAGUCGAGAGAACCAAAGAGUUGAUAAUCGACAUCCUUGUUGGAGCAAUAAUGGUAACUGCCAAAAAUUUUGUUUCCCAAUUCCAUCAAACAACAGUCAAGGCCCUGAUCUCCAAGUUCAGUGUGGCUGUCCAUAUGGAGAGCGUUUAGCCGCCGACAACAGAACUUGUCAAUCUGACCCUGAUGCAGAACCACCCGUGCAAGCAUGUCCUAACUCAUGGGACUUUACUUGUGAUAAUCAAAGAUGUAUUCCAAAAACGUGGGUUUGUGAUGGGGAUGAUGAUUGUCUGGAUAACUCAGAUGAGAUGCAAAACUGUACAAAAAGCACCUGUGGACCUCGAGAUUUUACAUGCAGUGGGGGACGUUGCAUACCUCAAUCCUUCCGAUGUGAUUCAGAUAACGAUUGUGGUGACUAUUCAGAUGAAAUGGGAUGUGUCAAUGUCACAUGUGAAGCAACUGAAUUUCCUUGUGAGAAUGGAAGGUGUAUUCCAAAAUCUUGGAAAUGUGAUUCAGAGAACGACUGUGGUGAUGGAUCAGAUGAAGGAGAUUUCUGUACUGAAAAAACCUGUGCAUACUAUCAGUUUACAUGUCCAGGGUCUGGACACUGCAUACCUCAGAACUGGGUUUGUGAUGGAGACAAUGAUUGUUUUGAUCAUGCAGAUGAACAGAACUGCCCUCCAAUUACUUGUACAUCUUCACAAUUUCAGUGUGCAAAUCAGAAGCAAUGCAUACAUGAAAGUUAUCAUUGUGAUGGUGUUUCAGACUGUCAAGAUGGUUCAGAUGAACAAAACUGUCCGUCAAGAGCACCUGACCAAUGCGAACCUGAAAAAACAUUCCAGUGCAGAACAUCUAGAAUUUGCAUUCCUAAAUCUUGGUAUUGUGAUGGCAAUUCUGAUUGUGAAGAUGGCAGUGACGAGCCAAGUUCAUGUGGUAAAUGGAUAUGUUUUCUUUCCUGUCAUUUAACAUAUGUUUGA